CAUGUACGAGCGAGAACACUGUGGACGGCUGGUUUUAGGAGCCUGGCCACAAACGCUCUUUAUCUCUCUCCGCCGCUUUUCAUUUAAGCUCGUCACCGCCUUCUGAACCGUGAAAACUGUGCCAGAUCCUAGUUCCUGAACUCUACGACCGCUGCAAUUUGCAUGAUGGCUGAAUCCGGACCCUCCACGUCCGCGGUCUCAACGUCCAAAGCAGAGCAGGACGCCCUGCGCGCGGCGACCUUCCAACGGCUCCAUCCAAAGGUCUAUCUUGAGCGGUUCCUGGCGGAGAAUCUCCGUCCGGAUGGCCGAGAGCUUGACGAUUGGCGGGAGGUCUCGGUGAAUGUAGGGUCAAUUUCCUCUGCGGAUGGCUCUGCUCUGGUACGGAUGGGAGACACUACCGUUGUAUGCGGAGUGAAGGCUGAGAUCGCUGAGCCCGAGCUGGACAGCCCCGAAGAGGGAUUCCUUGUCCCAAAUCUUGACCUCCCCGCGAUAUGUCAUCCGAGAUUCAAACCAGGACCGCCAACGGAGGAAGCCCAGGUGCUCUCGGACAGAUUGAACGAAGUACUCAUCACCUCUGGUGCUAUCUCAACAAAGUCUUUAUGCAUUGAACCUGGCAGGGCGGUCUGGGUCUUGUAUGUCGAUGCGACAUGCAUCAAUUAUGACGGAAACGCGUUUGACGCUACAUUGCUCGCCAUGAUGGCGGCUCUCAAAAACACUCGGCUUCCAAAAGCUACUUUUGAAUCAGAGACAGGCCGCACAGUCUGUUCCAGAAAAACGAAAAUACCUCUCCAAGUGAACCGAUUACCGGUCUCCAUGUCGUUCGGGAUAUUCGACAGCACCCACGUACUCGCCGACCCCACGUCCUUCGAAGAACCCUUGCUCGACACGACCUUGUCCAUUGCAGUAGACGAGAACGGUGGCCUGGUAUCCGUAACUCAGCUCGGAUUGGGGGUCGUCGGCAAAGAAGACGUGCUACCGCAUUGCAUCUCCGCUGCUCGAAAGCGUUGCUCUGGUGUCAUAGGGCUACUUGCCAAUAUAUCAUAGCUGAGGCCCGCCGAUUGUUGGUGUAAGCGAACUGAACAAGUCUACACUACUACGAUGACUAGCAUGCGGCACCCCACCUAGUCCCAAGUACUCACGGGUCAACGUUUCGCGACCGAGCCCUCCAGUGAACGCACGGCAUGGUUCUAUAUGCUACUCUGUCCAC